GCCUGUCUGGCCCUGAGGGAGCCCCUUUCUGAAGCUGUGGUGCUUGGACGACCUGCUCUCUACGUUGCUGGGCACCUGUAGGUGUCCCUCGAGAGCUCAGUUUUGAGGUUCAAGUCAGUGUGGCCAUGAAGGGGCUGCCUAUUGGGCUGAUGCUGUGACCCUGGAGUCUGCCUCUCCUGCCAGUCCCCCUGCCUGGAACAUGUGGCUGCGGCUUGGCCCGCCGUCGCUGUCCCUGAGCCCCAAGCCCACAGUUGGCCGGAGCCUGUGCCUCACCCUGUGGUUCCUCAGUUUGGUGCUGAGGGCCAGUACCCAGGCUCCAGCACCCACAGUCAAUACUCACUUUGGGAAGCUAAGGGGUGCCCGGGUACCAUUGCCCAGUGAGAUCCUGGGACCUGUGGACCAAUACCUGGGGGUGCCCUAUGCAGCUCCCCCAGUCGGCGAGAAACGUUUCCUGCCCCCUGAACCACCCCCAUCCUGGUCGGGCAUCCGGAACGCCACACACUUUCCCCCAGUGUGCCCCCAGAACAUCCACACAGCUGUGCCUGAAGUCAUGCUGCCAGUCUGGUUCACUGCCAACUUGGAUAUCGUAGCUACUUACAUCCAGGAGCCCAACGAAGACUGCCUCUACCUGAAUGUCUAUGUGCCCACGGAGGAUGGAUCCGGCGCUAAGAAACAGGGCGAGGACUUAGCGGAUAAUGACGGGGAUGAAGAUGAAGACAUCCGGGACAGUGGUGCUAAGCCUGUCAUGGUCUACAUCCACGGAGGCUCUUACAUGGAAGGGACAGGCAACAUGAUUGAUGGCAGCGUCCUCGCCAGUUAUGGCAAUGUCAUCGUCAUCACCCUCAACUAUCGCGUUGGGGUGCUAGGUUUCCUGAGCACUGGAGAUCAGGCCGCCAAGGGCAACUAUGGGCUCCUUGACCAAAUCCAGGCCCUCCGCUGGGUGAGUGAGAAUAUUGCCUUCUUCGGAGGAGAUCCCCACCGUAUUACCGUCUUUGGCUCGGGCAUUGGUGCAUCCUGUGUCAGCCUCCUCACGUUGUCACACCACUCUGAGGGACUUUUCCAGAGGGCCAUCAUCCAAAGUGGUUCUGCUCUGUCCAGCUGGGCUGUAAACUACCAACCAGUGAAGUACACCAGCCUUCUGGCAGAUAAAGUGGGCUGUAAUGUGCUAGACACCGUAGACAUGGUGGACUGUCUCCGGCAAAAGAGCGCAAAGGAACUGGUAGAGCAGGACAUCCAGCCAGCCCGCUACCAUGUGGCCUUUGGCCCUGUGAUUGAUGGUGACGUCAUCCCCGAUGACCCUGAGAUCCUGAUGGAACAGGGCGAGUUCCUCAACUAUGACAUCAUGCUAGGUGUCAACCAGGGCGAGGGUCUCAAGUUUGUGGAAGGGGUGGUGGACCCUGAGGAUGGUGUCUCUGGCACUGAUUUUGAUUAUUCUGUCUCCAACUUUGUGGACAAUCUGUAUGGCUAUCCUGAGGGUAAGGACACCCUGCGGGAGACCAUCAAGUUCAUGUACACAGAUUGGGCAGACCGUGACAACCCUGAGACUCGCCGUAAAACACUGGUGGCACUCUUCACUGACCACCAGUGGGUGGAGCCCUCAGUGGUGACAGCCGACCUGCAUGCCCGCUAUGGCUCACCUACCUACUUCUACGCCUUCUACCAUCACUGCCAGAGCCUCAUGAAGCCUGCUUGGUCAGAUGCAGCUCAUGGGGAUGAAGUACCCUAUGUUUUUGGGGUCCCUAUGGUAGGCCCCACUGACCUUUUCCCCUGCAACUUCUCCAAGAAUGAUGUCAUGCUCAGUGCUGUCGUCAUGACCUAUUGGACCAACUUUGCCAAGACUGGGGAUCCCAACAAGCCGGUCCCCCAGGACACCAAGUUCAUUCACACCAAGGCCAACCGCUUUGAGGAAGUGGCCUGGUCCAAAUACAAUCCCCGAGACCAGCUCUACCUUCACAUCGGGCUGAAACCAAGGGUCCGCGAUCAUUACCGGGCCACUAAGGUGGCCUUUUGGAAACACCUGGUGCCCCACCUAUACAACCUGCAUGACAUGUUCCAUUAUACGUCCACAACCACCAAAGUGCCGCCCCCGGAUACCACCCACAGCUCCCACAUCACCCGCAGGCCCAACGGCAAGACCUGGAGCACCAAGCGGCCAGCCAUCUCACCUGCCUACAGCAACGAGAACGCCCAAGGGUCCUGGAACGGGGACCAGGAUGCAGGGCCACUCCUGGUGGAGAACCCUCGUGACUACUCCACUGAAUUAAGUGUCACUAUCGCCGUGGGGGCCUCCCUCUUGUUCCUUAAUGUUCUGGCCUUUGCUGCCCUCUACUACCGUAAGGACAAACGGCGCCAGGAGCCCCUGCGGCAGCCUAGCCCUCAGAGGGGAGCCGGGGCCCCUGAAUUGGGAGCUGCUCCUGAGGAGGAGCUGGCAGCAUUACAGCUGGGCCCCACCCACCAUGAGUGUGAGGCCGGUCCCCCCCACGACACACUUCGCCUCACUGCGUUGCCCGACUAUACCCUGACCCUGCGGCGCUCCCCUGAUGACAUCCCACUCAUGACCCCCAACACCAUCACCAUGAUUCCCAACUCCCUGGUAGGGCUGCAGACAUUGCACCCCUAUAACACCUUUGCCGCAGGGUUCAACAGUACCGGGCUGCCCCACUCACACUCCACUACCCGAGUAUAGCUCCAACCCAGAGCACAGCCUGUCUCCUGGCUCCCUCCCUCCCAGACCCACAAACACAUGCACACACAGACACACACACAGACACGUACAGACAUAUAUGUAUACACAUGCACCCACACCCUACAGCAGACCCACCUGCACAAACAUAGAUGUGGACAUGCACUUGCAUGUACAAAAACACAAAUACGGAAGUAAACCUGAAUAAACCCUUCAAACGGGGACUCAAAUGAGUCCUCGGUAAACCGAGGACCCAUGGAACAGCAGCUGAAGCCAGCUCCCUGAGCCUGACCACAGACACUCCUGGGGGUGCUGAAAGCAACAGCUGGACACCCCCUUGGUGCUCGCCUUCGGCUUCUCUUGAAACUGCACCACCGACCAACUCCAGACUCGGGAGCUUUAAAGAGCAGAGUAGCUCUUCCUCUCCCAGACUUGGUCUUUUUUCUGGGUCUUGUUUCUGUUGAUUUUUUUUAAUUUUGGAACAAAUGCUUUUCCAACCUGUGAGUGCUAAGAGGCAGCUCUGAAAGGGAGGGCUCCAGGCCCAGGUUUCUCUGGCUCUGGAACCCCUAGUGCACACACAACCAGACCAACGAACAGGACCCCCAGGAGAGAAACAGAUUCGAGCAAGACUAUGGGGUGGAAGGAGAAAGGGGUUAAUGCUGGAUGGGGCUGGAGAGCCACAGGGGAGAGAUCUCAAGCUGUCUCUGUGUCCCUGUGAUGGCUGCAGAGCCUACAGGGUGACCUGCUUCCCCCAAAGGCCAGCAGCAUUGGCCUGGCUAGACUAGGGGACCCUAGAUUUGCUGAAUGAGGUACUGUGGAGGCCAUGCCAUUACUGGCCCCCAACUCCGCCCCAGUAUGAUCUGGGUUCUGCCUCUGCCCUUGGGGAAAUGCUAUCAGAUAUUUGCCCCAUUUUCUUUACAGUCUCUUUUUGUGUCUGUCAUUUCUCUUUCAAAAAGGCGGUGUUUUUUGUUGUUGUUGGCUUUUUUUUUUAAAGAAAAGUUCUUAAAACACUAACGGAAACCCAUGGAGUUUGUCCUUUGUAAAAAUUUUAAACACAGUGUCUUGAUAUAAAAAUAAAAAAUCCAGUUAGCACUCCCAA